AUGAUGUCGACCCAGACCGAACUUGAAGACGACUGGUUUGACUAUGCCGGCAUCACCAUCUUCAACCUGGCAGUCGCCGGAGGUCAGCGUACGUACAUCGACGACGGCCGCAAGGCGAUCGAGCAACUCGCAGACAAGCUCCAAGAAUUUGCAAGCAAGCCCGGCAUCAAGGUGGUGAGCGCUCACUUUGAGCCAUGCAAGCCAACGAUCUUUAUCACUGAUGUCGUCGCGGAGGCUGUUGACAACUCCAAGGUGUCCUCAUCUAUCUCAAGCAGCGACGACGGAGCGCCGGAACCAACGACAGCAGAACGAUAUUAUGUGACCCCGCAGAUCAUCCUCUACAAUGUGGGUCUGCUUCGAGGCAAGCAGUCAGCCACUGGUGAUGACCGGAACCUGCUGGUUCAAUUCAUCGAGCUCCUGCGUGAAUACGAACGCAGUCCCACUACGGUCCUCCUCAGCGCACACUACGAGGCCGAUCCUGAUUUGGUUACGCUAAUCCUCAGAGAUCCUACACACGCAGUGGCUAUGCCGACGUAUCUAGGUAUCCGAAAGCCCACCAAGAUGGCCGUUAGCCCUGCCGAGCCCAAUAGGGAAACAGAGCCCACAGACGAUGUUCCCUCGAGCGGCGAAGAGAGCUGUGUGUUGCAGCAUAAAGACGGAUGUUCGGGCUGCACGGAGCGUGCGGGCGUCACCACCAUGUCAAUCCCUCGCGGUCAACGAGACUUUGUUGACGACGGCCGCGCCUCGAUCGAUCAGUUCCUUGACAAGAUGCGUGCCUACGCAAGCGAUUCAAAGGUCAAGAUCGAACUCGCUCAUUACGAGCCCGGCAAGCCGACGAUCUUCGUCAACGGCGUCGUCCCAGCAACCAUAUCAUCGAGUGAGGACGUGGUGACGCAUCUCGAGCAGUUCAUCGAAAAGCUGCAGGAGUAUCGAAACGAUCCGACGGUCAAAGUUGAAAGUGCGCACUACGAGCCUGGUCCGGACUCGAGCACCUUCUUUGUCUCUUACCCUGACGAAGUUGAAGAAGAAGACCCAGCGACCGAGCAGAGCGAGCAACGCUUUGACCCCUCCAAGACCUGCGACAAGAUCCACUACUUCGAAAGCUGGGACUUGGGCCCGAUGCAUAUCAAGCAAGGUUCGCGCGACAAGCACAGCAUCUAUGUCUUCCUCAACGAGGGAAGCAGCCGAGACAAAGGCUACCAGACCAUGGAGCCCGACGGUCGAAUGCUGGUGGAUCAAUACAUGGACCUCCUGCAACAGUUCCUUGGCGAUCCAAAGGUGGAUCUCGAAGGCGCUCACUUCAACGCCACUGACAACACCGCCUCUUUCUACCUGAGCGACCCUCCCAAGCCCAAGAAGAAGAAGGGUCUCACCGAAAAGAUCGAGAAUGCACCCAGUACUAGCAAGCCGGUUCACAAAGGUCAAGAUACAGACGAUGACACCAAGUAG